AUGAGCUUAGGCUUUUGCCCUAACAUUUCCUCUUCUCAUCCGUUUUCCUCCGUUUCCAAUUCGCAUUCUCGUCGUCACUGCAUCCGCCUCUGCUCCGUCUCUCGUGUUUCCAACCAUUUCUCCGUCUCAGGGGGAAAGGGCUUGGUCUUGAGUGCACAUUUUGGUUAUAAGAGCGAUAGACUGAGUGAGUUCCAAACGGAGGAUUUGAUGGCUCGAGAAAAGGAAUCUUCAGAAGUAAACAGAAACCCUUACCCACCAAUAGAGCCUUACAGUAAUGGUUUUUUGAAGGUGUCAGAUAUUCAUACUAUUUACUGGGAGCAAUCGGGGAAUCCCGCUGGCCAUCCAGUGGUGUUUCUACACGGGGGACCAGGGGGAGGAACUGCUCCAGGCAAUAGAAGAUUCUUUGACCCAGAUUUUUAUAGAAUUAUUUUGUUUGACCAGCGAGGUGCAGGGAAAAGUACCCCGCAUGCUUGCUUGGAGGAUAAUACCACGUGGGACCUCAUUGAUGACAUUGAGAAGCUAAGAGAACACUUGGAAAUUCCAGAGUGGCAGGUCUUUGGAGGUUCCUGGGGUAGUACGCUGGCUCUUGCUUAUGGUCAAUCUCAUCCUGAAAAGGUUACGGGAUUAGUUCUUAGAGGGAUCUUUCUUCUGCGUAAAAAAGAAGUUGAUUGGUUCUAUGAAGGUGGUGCUGCUGCUAUAUAUCCUGACGCUUGGGAGUCUUUUAGAGACCUCAUUCCCGAAAGUGAGAGAGGAUGUUUUGUUGAUGCUUAUAGUAAGAGACUAAAUUCAAAUGACAUGGAAACCCAAUAUGCUGCUGCAAGAGCGUGGACCAAAUGGGAAAUGAUGACUGCUCAUCUUAUGCCAAACGAGGAGAAUAUUAAGAGAGGAGAGGAUGAUAAUUUUUCAUUGGCGUUUGCAAGGAUUGAAAACCAUUACUUUAUAAAUAAGGGUUUUUUCCCUUCUGAUUCCUUUCUGUUAGAUAAUGUUGACAAGAUACGACAUAUCAAUGCUAUAAUUGUACAGGGAAGAUAUGAUGUUUGCUGCCCAAUGAUGUCGGCUUGGGAUCUUCAUAAAGUGUGGCCAGAGGCUGAGUUAAAGAUCAUUCAAAACGCAGGCCAUUCUGCCAAUGAACCUGGAAUAGCUGCAGAGCUCGUGGCUGCGAACGAGAAGCUGAAGAACAUCCUCCAGAAGAACGAACCAUAAUAACACUCCAAGCACCUUACUACUAUGAAUAUGAAGACAUGAAUUUAAUCGAUCUCAAAUAUCUCAAGCACUUGUCAUCUAGGCGCUCAAGCACUUGUCAUCUAGGCGCUCAAGCACUUGUCAUCUAGGCGCUCGUUGAAGACUUUGUAAAGCCUCUAUUAAGGACACCCAA